AUGAGCCCAGCCGCCUGCCCACGCUGUACCCACACCCUAAUCAUACCGCCGUCCGCCUCGUCCAUCAAGGCCGAGUGGCCCGACGUCGAGCCGGACGGAAAGCUGGACAGGUCCGCGGCGCGCUGCUACCAGUGCGAGCUGGCGCAGGCCAUUCUCGAGUAUAACAUCGCGCUCUACCACGGCGGCCACAAAGCCACCUUUGAAGCCAUCCAGCCCUACUUUGCCAUCUGGGGCAAGCGCGACCACACGAACACGCUGACCAAUGUAUCUCGCUCCUAA